UUCGUUUGUUUGUGAUUUUGGCGAUACUUCUUUUUGUAAUCCAGUUAUAGUGGUUAUAAAGGAUAUAGAGAUCAUACCUCACAUCUCUACUUAUAACACUUCAAUUGAUUGAUCUACAGCCAUGGCUGACGAGGCUGAUCGUAUGGAUAUAGAUAGUGAAGCUGAUGCCCUUACAACACAACAACAGAAUCAAAUAGUUGAUGGAGGUGCUACAACCAAAGGUCCAAAGGCUAAAUUUGAAGUUAAAAAAUGGACAGCAGUUGCAUUUUGGUCUUGGGAUAUUCAAAUUGAAAACUGUGCUAUUUGCAGAAAUCAUUUGAUGGAACCAUGUAUUGAAUGUCAACCAAAUGCUCCUGGAUCAAACCAAGAAGCUUGUAUUGCAGCAUGGGGUGCUUGUAAUCAUGCUUUCCACAUGCAUUGUAUAAGAAGAUGGCUAUUGACAAGAAAUGCAUGUCCAUUAGAUAAUACACCAUGGGAAUAUCAAAAAUUGGGUACUUAGUCAGCGUUAAUCAUUUUAACUUAUGUCAUGUCAUGUCUAAUUUUCUACCUCUCCCUUUAAGUCCAAUUCAUUCAGUUCUUUCCUUAUGGUAAGUUCAUGUUGCUAUUAUACGUAUUCAUAGUUUAUCAUCAUUUAA